GCUGUUGAAAAGUUAACGUGCCUCCUUCCCCAAGAUGGCGGCCGCUAAGGACGGUUGUGGCAUUGUAGUGGCCACAGACAAGGGGCAGCGGCUUCAUCUGGGGAUUCCUGAGGCGGAGUUUGUGGAAGAUAUUGAUUCCUUCAUGAGUCAGCCUGGAAAUGAGACCGCAGAAUCAGUACUAAAGAAGCUAGAAGAGCAGUACCAGAAGUACAGAUUUAUGGACCUCAACCUUGCCCUAAAGAAAAGGAGGCUAAAGAAACAGAUUCCUGAAAUCAAGCAGACUUUGGACAUCUUGAAAUAUAUGCAGAAGAAAAAAGAGUCCACCAAUUCACUGCAGACCAGAUUCUUACUAGCAGACAAUCUGUACUGCAAAGCUUUGAUUCCUCCAACUGAUAAAGUGUGCCUGUGGCUGGGGGCUAACAUAAUGCUGGAAUAUGACACUGACGAAGCUGAGGCACUGUUGAAAAACAACUUAGCAACCGCUACAAAGAAUCUUAAUUGUCUUGAGGAAGACCUUGAUUUUCUUCGAGAUCAGUUUACUACCACAAAAGUCAACAUGGCCAGGGUUUUUAACUGGGAUAUACAACGAAGAAAUGAAGCUGACUCUACCGAAAGCAACGCCUAAAGCUGGCAAUCAAAAUUUUGACUUGAUUUUCCAAACAAGCAAUUGUGACUGUCCCAACAUGUACCCGUAAAUACUGACAUGUCUUUGAUU